AUUCGGCAAUCCUUUUCGCUGUCCACCUCGUCGAUAAGGAUCUCCAGGGUUUCAACUCAUUCUUCAAUCUUCGACUGAACCGCAAGAGUUUCGGUUGAUCGUAAAAGAUGGUGCUUUCUCAGAAAAUUCACGAGGCAUUCAAAGGAACUGUGGAGAGAAUAACAGGGCCCCGCACCGUCUCUGCUUUUAAAGAGAAAGGGGUUUUGAGCGUCUCCGAGUUCAUCCUCGCGGGCGACAAUCUCGUCUCCAAAUGCCCUACCUGGUCUUGGGAAUCAGGAGAGCCUAGCAAGAGGAAGUCCUAUUUACCGCCCGAAAAGCAAUACUUGAUUACUAGGAAUGUUCCUUGCCUGAAGAGGGCUGCAUCGGUGGAACAAGAGUAUGAAGCUGCUGGAGGAGAGGUUCUUCUUGAUAAUGAAGACAAUGAUGGUUGGUUGGCGACUCAUGGGAGACCUAAAGAUAGAAAUGAUGUGGAGGAAAUCUUGCCUUCAAUGGAGACUUUAGAAAUAAGGCAGAAUGAGACUGUAAGGUCAAUACCUUCAUAUUUUGGAAGUGGUGAAAAUGAAGAAGAUAUACCCGACAUGGCUGACUAUGAAGAAGCUGACAAUGCUAUUGAGACUGAUGCAGCAACUCUACCAUCAGAUUAUCUUGUUGCUCAAGAGCCUGAUGAUGACAAUAUUUUACGGACCCGAACCUAUGAUGUCAGCAUAACGUAUGAUAAAUACUAUCAAACUCCAAGGGUCUGGCUUACUGGGUAUGAUGAGUCGAGGAUGCUUUUGCAACCAGAGCUUGUGCUGGAGGAUGUUAGUCAGGACCAUGCACACAAAACUGUUACUAUCGAGGACCAUCCUCACUUACCUGGGAAACACGCGUCUGUACACCCAUGCAGACAUGGUGCUGUGAUGAAAAAGAUCAUUGAUGUGCUGAUGUCUCAUGGUGUUGAACCAGAAGUUGAUAAGUAUCUUUUCUUGUUCUUGAAAUUUGUAGCCUCUGUAAUUCCAACAAUUGAGUAUGACUACACCAUGGACUUUGAUCUUGGUAGCUCCAGCAGUUAAAUAGAGACUUUGCAGGCACAGAUUGACAAUUUGGAGCUAGUUGAUUAUUAUCUGAUGCAUACCUGAAGCUACUUGUAAUGUCUGCAGUCAGCGCUGGAUGGUCAACCAUCCUUGCAAGCACUGAAUGACAGAUAAUUGUGUCGCUGUUUGUUCAUAAGCUAUUAAUGACUGCCACGCUUGUAAAUACAUCUGUUAAUAAACUGAAACUUAGCUUUCUACAUUGUUAUUUUGUCACAAACAUGAUUCUUGAGUGGGAUUGUGAAUCAGUAAGACUACUGUAUGGUUGGUUGCUAGAUAUAAAUAAAAUAGUACUUUGUUGAGUGCUAGUACUCAAAGCUAA